AUGUCUUUUAGAUUAACCAAUGCCUCAGCAUACUUCAUGUACCUUAUGAAUAAGGUCUUCAUGGAUUAUCUGGACAAGUUCGUGGUUGUGUUCAUCGAUGAUAUUCUGGUCUUCUCAAAGGAUGAGGAAGAGCAUUUGAGGAUGGUUCUGCAGAAGCUCAGCGAGAAUCAAUUGUAUGUCAAGAUGAGCAAGUGUGAGUUUUGGUUGAAAGAAAUCUCUUUUCUAUGUCACAUCAUCUCAGCAGGGGGAGUAUCUGUUGACCCUAGCAAAGUGAAGGAAGUUUUAAAUUGGAAGCCACCACAGGCCGUUUCAGAGAUCCAGAGUUUUCUGGAUUUGGCAGGAUAUUACCAUCGCUUUAUAGAAGGCUUCUCCAAGAUCACCAAACCAAUGACGGAGCUACUGGAGGAAGGGAAGGAAUUUAAGUGGACUCCCGCUCGUGAGACCAACUUUAAUGAAUUAAAGAAGAGACUAAUCGUUGCCCCAAUGCCAAUCAUGCCUGACACACAGAAGCUGUUCUCGGAUAUACGUAAGGGUCAACAAGAAGAUGAGAAGAUUCUAGAGAUCAAACAACUCAUUAAGGGUCAACAAGAAGAUGAGAAGAUUCUAGAGAUCAAACAACUCAUUAAGGAGGAUAAGGCUCUAGGAUUUAUGAAUAAUGAGCAACGAAUGGUGUGGUGA